UUCAGCGCGCCAUCGACGUCGCUAUAGUGUAAAAAGAAAAGCUGAUACAUUAAGCUGUAGUCAUCCUUUCCCUAUUUACUUAAAAUAACAAGACUCUACAGGGUACAGUAUAGUAAAAUGGCAAGAUUUAGAAAGACUUUGAUAGCCAGUACGGUAAGUCGUGUGAGGAAUGUGUUCAGACCAUCAACGGGGUUGAACAACGAGUUGUACAGAACUGUACCAUCAGGUUUAAAUUGUAUCGACCAGAUACCGCAAGAGUUGCUGCUGAAUAUCUUCAGCUACCUCGACAAAAACACACUGCUGCGGUUGAUGUGCGUGUGUAAGCAUUGGAGGAAGUUGAUCCUGACUAGCCCAAAGUUGUGGCGGAAUAAACAUUUGAAGCUGGCUUGCAGUCGACCGUCUCUGUAUAACAAAAGAGCCUAUUCGUACGCGAAACGGUUCGGAUCCUACGUCCAGCGUCUGAAUAUCACGUGCGAGCACCCGAAUAGACACGCCUGCAAGUUCAUGGCCAUCUGCUUACGUAAAUUGUUACUCAGCUUACGUCAUCCGUCUUUGACGUCAUUAAAAAUAACUGAUUUACGGUUAGAUAACUCGGGGGGCGGCGUGACCUUGGUUAGCCUGAGUCAGGUUAUGACGCGGAUCCUGUCGUCCAUGGAUAAGCUCCAGGAUUUCCACAUGACGUCAUCACUCUGGCCGCUCCAAGAAGGCCUCAGGGUCAUCCUGACCGUGUUGUCCGUUUUCCGCGGGACUCUACGGUCGCUCGUCAUCGACCGUUUCUUCUCUGACGAUUCUAUCCUUCAGCCCUCGACCGUGGUCGACCAACUGACCAGAGGUAUCCUGGCUCUCCCGCGCUUGGCGAAGCUGGGGGUGGAUUACUUUCUCGUGACUGAUGACUUUGUGACUGCGCUGUCUAAGUCACAUGCGGGGCAGCUCAAGGUUCUCAAACUGACAGUGAAAGAUCUCAACCCCAGGACACCCAAAAUUUUAAAAACUACCUGGGUACAAUUGAAAAAGGCCUGCCCAUCAUUAAAAGUAGCGUUCCAGAUUGAUGGUUGGGUCAUCUCCCCUUCCGUGGCCAUCCCCGCCAUAUUGGAUCCGGUUCUGCCCAUCUACAAGAUCCGGUUGAUGAUAGGGUCAAAGUUCGUGCUGCUGGAUACGGACAAGUUAAAGAUGGCGACGGUACUACAGCAUAUCACCACCAGCUUUAGUCAGAGUUUGGUGAAGUUUGAGAUGGAAGUAGACAACUACAUCGACCCCAUCGACGCAUCCUUCAAGCGGCUUGUCCAGAAUUGUCGACACCUGAUUCGAGUAAAGGUCUGGGCCUUCUUCUCGGGCCAACACACCCGCCGUCUUGUCCUGGGCCACAUACAAGCCAGAAAACUCCAGCACAAGAUCAAGACGUUUCUGGAAAAAACUAACAAACGGCCGAGACUAAACCCGCCCGACGGCCCAGGUUCGAGAACCACCAUGACAGGGAGCGUGCAGGCAGGGCCUAGUCGGCUUACAGUCCCAGGUUCGAGAACCGUCAUGACAAGGAGUGACAGAACACAGAACAUGGGGGCAGGUCCUAGUCGUCUAACAGACCCAGGUUCGAGAACUACCACGGCAGCAACUGACAGAACACAGAACAUGCAAGCUGGACCUAGUCACCUAACAGUCCCAGGUUCGAGUACCGCCAUGACAGCGAGUAUUGGACUUCAGAACAUGGGGGCAGGUCCUAGUCGUCUAACAGACCCAGGUUCGAGAACUACCACGGCAGCAACUGACAGAACACAGAACAUGCAAGCUGGACCUAGUUGGCUUACAGUCUCAGAUUCGAGAACCGCCAUGACAGCGAGUGACAGAACACAGAACAUGGGGGCAGGGCCUAGUCACCUAACAGUCCCAGGUUCGAGAACCAUCGCAUCAACUGACAGAACACAGAACAUGCAAGCUGGACCUAGUGGGCUAACAGUCCCAGGUUUGAGAACCGCUAUGACAUCGAGUAUUGGACCUCAAAACAUGCAGGCAGGGCCAAGUCGGUUUACAGUCCUAAGUUCGAGAUCCACUAUGAUGGCGACUGUUAGACCUCCUAACAUGCAGGCUGGACCUAGUCACUUAACAGUCCCAGGUUCGAGAACCGCCAUGACAGCGAGUAUUGGACUUCAGAACAUGGGGGCAGGUCCUAGUCGUCUAACAGACCCAGGUUUGAGAACUACCAGGACAGCGAGAAUUGGACCUCAGAACAUGCAAGCUGGACCUAGUCAGCUAACAGUCCCAGGUUCGAGAACCAUCGCAUCAACUGACAGAACACAGAACAUGCAAGCUGGACCUAGUGGGCUAACAGUCCCAGGUUUGAGAACCGCUAUGACAUCGAGUAUUGGACCUCAAAACAUGCAGGCAGGGCCAAGUCGGUUUACAGUCCUAAGUUCGAGAUCCACUAUGAUGGCGACUGUUAGACCUCCUAACAUGCAGGCUGGGCCUAGUGGGCUAACAGUCCCAGGUUUAAGAACCACCGAAUCAACUGACAGAACACAAAUCAUGGGGGCUGGGCCUAGUGGGCUAACAGUCACAGGUUUGAGAACCGCCAUGACAGCGAGUAUUGGAACUCCUAACAUGCAAGCUGGGUCUAGUGGGCUAACAGUCCCAGGUUCAAGAACCACCGAAUCAACUGACAGAACACAAAUAAUGCAGGCUGGGCCUAGUGGGCUAACAGUCCCAGGUUCAAGAACCACCGAAUCAACUGACAGAACACAAAUAAUGCAGGCUGGGCCUAGUGGGCUAACAGUCCCAGGUUCAAGAACCACCAUGACAGCGAGUAUUGGACCUCCUAACAUGCAGGCAGGGCCUAGUCGGCUAAGAGACCCAGGUUCAAGAACUACCGAGUCAACUGACAGAACACAUAACAUGCCGGCUGGACCUAGUGGGCUUACAGUCCCAGGUUAUAGAACCGCCAUGACAUCAAGUACCCCAACACAAAACGGUACCACCAAGGAGGCUGGGCCUCGCUAACUGACGGUUAGAUCGUGGGUCAGCCCCACCCACGGAGUAAACACCACCUGCCCCCCACUUUUUUCAUCAAUAUGCUCACCAUCAUAUCUGACUUACCGUACCUAAUUAACUUGAUUAAAAAUAUCUCCAUCAAUUUAUAAUUAAUUUACCAAACAUCACUGACGAAAAACUAAACAUUAACAUUUUAGCAUAACAUUCAUUACACAUUGUAGAUAUUAAACGUAAGAUGAACAGCU